AUGUUCCGUUUUAAUCUCCUUUUGACAACGAUAAUUGCUGUUUCAGCACAGAACAGUUGCGAAGAUCGAUGUAUACGCCUGAAACAACGAUCGUUAAGCCGAAUCGGAUACGAUGACGAACGAUUACAAACGCUUUUUGAAAGACAACGACCGUUGGAGAGUAUGAAAGAUGUUUGCUGGAGGCUUUACGACAAUCUCGACUGUAUGAAAAAGUGUCCGAAAUCGGAGAAACAUGCUGCUUUGCGAAGCAUGUCAGAAACAAGUGCAAGUUUGUAUUGUCAGGUGAGAAAUCAUGAGAAGUUACUUACUGAAAUGGAGCCAACUCUAAAAUGCAUCAGCAAACAUCAUUCGUUUUUAACAAUGCGAUGCAGUUCAUUCCUAAACGAAGCUACUCGUCUGAGAGCUGAAUCCGAUUUGAGCACAACGCCACGUCACGAUGAAUGUCGCUUUUUGCAUCUGACGACGAUUUGUUUGGAGAAUCAUGUGAACACAUUCUGUCCCGAUGGACGAAAAAUAUUCAAACGGCUCAAUUUCAGAGACUACUUUUUGAGUUUUGUGUUACCAAUGGAUGACGAUUUGUUUGACGACGAGGAUUUGGAUAGUUGCCAAAUUUAUGAUUUUGUGAAGGACGCUGAAAAAAGAGAAAGAGAGGAUGAAGAGAGAAAACAGGAAGAGGAGAGACGCAGACGGAUAGACGAUGAUGAAGAUUAUGAGGAAGAGUUGACCACUAUCGUCAACAACAUGGAAGAUGAUUCAGAAGUCGUUAUCACGUCUACAAUGCCGACAGAAUCCACGGCAGAGACAACGUCAUCUGAAUCAGAACUUUCAACAUCUGCAUCAUCAUCAUCCGUGACAAAAAUCUUGGGUACUCUAGAAUCACUCAAACCGGAGGACUUCACGACGGCUCUGGCCGAUUUAAGCACAUCAUCUAAGAAAUCAGAAGAAGAGGGAGUAAAUGAGAAGGAGCAUGACGACUUGGAUAGUUUAGUUGAUACAUUGGAUGAGGAGAAGAAAGAAUUCGAUGAAUUCCACGAUACCACUCUACCGACACCUACCACCACCCACCUGGUUGAAACUACCAUAACCCACGACGAAGCGAAAAACGAAUACGAUUCGGAUCAUAAUACAGAAUAUCACGAUUACACCGAUCAUCAUUACGAUGAAGAUUAUCACGAUAACGAGAAUACAACGCAUCCAACGAUCAGCGUAGUUUCCAUUGAGACACGACUUUCGGCAUCUGAAUCAGAGGAAGAAGCUUCUGAAGAACAGGAUGAGUUGGUAGAAGUGACGACUCCUGAUCAAAUUUUGAAAUUGACUCCACCAAAUACUAUUGAAAAUGAGAGUGAGGAGGUGAUCAAAAUUGAGACAACAACUGGGAAACGGAAGGUGUUUUCGGAAGAUAGUAUGGAAAAUACUCCUCCGAACUUCUAUUAUUCUUCGAAUCGUUAUGAUAGUACAACUAGAUCAAAUUAUGUUGCAGACAAUUUAGAUCUACAGGACAGCGAAGAACCAUUGGAAAUUGAUACAUCGACCCUAUUUGGUGUGGAAACCACGUCUUCGGAAAUUCUAGAUUCUUCUACCAGUGUAGAACUUGAGCCAACAGUUGCUCCAAAAAGAGUAGAAGGAAAAUCAAAGCCUUGGCUACAUGGAGGAGUCAUUGUGAAGCCGAUUCUUAACUUUGAUGAAUUGGAUGUCGAUCAAGAUAAAGAACGGCAGAGAGAGGAACGUAGGAAGCUAGCAGCCGCCACCAAGAGCUCACCCAGCUCUUCCUAUCCAUCCUCUCCACAUUCUCCUGCUAAUCCAACAAAUGAGCCAACUCCAGAAGAUGAUGAUGAUUUCCUCACUGGCUCAGAUAGUACAUCGACCAAUGAAACUUUGAUUGUAAUCGGAUUAAUCGCUCUUGUCACUUGCCUCAUUUUCCUUAUCCUUCUCCUUCUUUUAGCAUAUUUCUGUUCGACUCGAACUGAUAGUUAUAAUGUUCACAAAGAUGAGGGAAGUCCACCCGUUUGA